CCCAAUGGAUGGGCCCGCCCUGCACUUUCCCAUAUGCAUGAAUGGAAGUUCGGCUUCGCCGGCUUUCCCGCUCUCCGGACGCAUUUCCAUGCUUUGAGGUGAAGAAGAUAUUACCUUCCAGAAUGACUUUCCAAGCGCUGGUUUUGUGUCUGGCUUGUGCUGGGCUUGGGAAAGCAAAUGUUGUUCCACAGGCUGAACACAGAAACGCAAAGGUGGGUGACAACGUGACUCUCGGCUGUACCCUGACCGAACCCAAGGAUGUUCUGCAAGUGACGUGGCAAAAGGACUCUGAAAAAUCACACAAUAAUAUAGCUACAUACAGUACAGUAAAAGGAUUGAAGAUUCAUGAGCCCUAUCAAGGCCGACUGAAUUUCACCAGUCUGGUACUCAAUGAGACGAGCAUCACUUUUUGGGACACUAGAAUGAACGAUUCGGGAUGUUACACGUGUCUCUUCAAUACUUUCCCUUACGGCUCCCUCUCAGGACGGACCUGCCUGAGUGUCUUUGGUCUCGAUGCAUCUGUCCAUUACCACAUUUCUGAAGGUCACUUGAUAGCUGUCUGUCAUGCUGUUGGCCUCCCAGAACCCACCAUCACCUGGAACAAGUUGUUCAAUUCUACUCCUACACAGGAGAAGGUCAGCCACACCAAUGGGAUGGUGUCCAUCAGCAGUAAACUGGAGAUCUAUAACAUUAAGAGCAUCGGAGAGCAGGACUUGACCUGCAGAGUAAGCAACAUGAAUGAAAAAAGAGAAUUGCCUGUGAAAAUGAAAGAAGAAGCAGGUUCCUCGUGGCUUUGGCUGCCGAUUACUGGGGGGAUUUUAAUUGUCUUCAUCGUUCUGAUUCUGAUCACGCUGUGUUGGAGGAGGAGGAUAAGCAGGAGGGGUUGAAGUGGAUCCUAGAAGAUUUCCAUUCACCUACCCCAUCAUUACAACCCACGAGCCUGAAGCCAAGCAUUACAAGCAGUGACUUGACUAGCUAGAAAUAAACAACAGUAAAACAGAAAUGUACCACGUACACUGCCCUGUCUAGAUACUGAGUUGGAUCACUCGCUUGAAAAGAACAGCACAAUGUUUGUUAUCCAGUCUAGAUGCUUAAUUAUAAAAGGUAGGGCCAGAGGAACCACUUAGCCUGCUCCUCAGCUGCCAGGCAAGAUCUACUUUGCUUGUGCCAUGCUUGCAAAAUGUGCUGCCAUGCUAAAUGUAUUUGCCUUCUUCCAAUGGAGUUUUGACAAUGUCCAUGGAUGGAGGCUCUGCAAAGUCUCUGGGAAUCCUCUUCCAGUGUCUAAUUGCUCUUGCAGUAGAGGGAUUUAGUUUUUACCAACAUCGCUGCAAGUGAACUUGCAGCAGCUCUGCGUUCAUUGCCCUCUUCCUGACAGCCUGUUUCCCGUCUCCUAUCCAGCUAAUCCAACUCCUUUUCCCCAGUGAAUGCAUGAAUGUGCCAACAACCAUUGCUUAACUCUUUCUAGAGAAACCUGCUGGACUCAAAACCACAGGACUCCAGCCACACCAAAUCUGCUGAAGUUACUGGGGAAGAGCAGUAGGGCUCCAAGCAGGUGACAGAUUCAAGGCAGUAGCAGCCACAGUUUGGGAAAAAAAGGGGUUAUAAGUAAUUUAUUUAUCUAGUUUUUCUUUCUAACCCUGGGGUUUUGUUGUUUGGGUUGGG